AGAUGCUGGUGACUGAUAAUGGAGACCUCUGCUGUUUCUCAGCCACAGGUGACCAUAAUAUGGCUUCUGGUAAUAUUAGACACAUUGUGUGCUGCUCAGAAGCAGCUUCACAUUCUAAACCUGGACUGCUAUAAUGACUAUAUCACCGAAAUGUUUUGCACUUGGAAAGUGUCUAACACAUACACCAACUGCAGCCAUGUUUUUCUGCUGGAGUAUAAUUAUCAGAAAAAAAGAACUUCCUACUGUGUACCAGAGAAUGUGCAGCUUUCUGACCCCAGUUCACCUCCUGAAUGUAUAUGUAACAUCAGCGUCAAGUCCUUUGUAGCCGCUGAUAUCUAUUAUAUUCAGGUCAGGUCCCAUGGAGGCUACUCUUACAACCAGACAAUUGAACCGGUGAAUAAAGUUAAACCUAAAACUCCAGUCAAUGUGACUAUUGAAGAUGUUGAAGACGAGACAGGAAUAGUUUGCUGGGACAGCAGAUACACACGUCAUGACUUCUUGUUCCACCAGCUGAUUUUUGAAGUCCAAACAAGCACCAUACAAGAACCAAAGGAGGUUAAGGUGACUACACUGCACCAAGUGGAAUCCUGCUCUGUAAUAAAGAAAAGACUCCUCAGACGAAGACAGAACUAUACAAUACAGGUCCGAUCAAAGCCAAAUGGUAUUUCCUACAAUGGUGUAUGGAGUGAAUGGAGCUCUGCGGCUGUGUGGUACAAUGACUACGACCUACGGUUUCAUGAGAUGAUGCUAAUAGCGAUUCCAUCAUCUGCGUCAGUGAUUUUUGUUUGCAUUUUCCUGUGCUCAGUGUGUUCCUGUUACUGUAAGAAAUGGCUAAAGACCAUCCCUGAUCCUGACAGAAGUCAGCUCUUAUUAACCCUGAUGAAUACGCCACAGGGGCCAGUCUUACAUUCUGAUAUAAAUGACAACAAUCUUCCAUUCAUGGAGAGGAGGAGGUGUAAUAAAAGUAUUUGUGGAAACUGGCUUAAAAUGCUCUCUAGAAAUAUUGGUGAAACUAACCCGAAUUCUGGAAACCUCAUCCCAGCUGGACAUCAAGAUUGUUUUGAAAGUAAAGACGUCAAACCAUUGUUUCUGGUCCCGGAGAUAACCAUUGUUGAGAAGUCAGUAGACAUCACUCCACUUGACAUACACUCAGUCACUGAACCAGCAGAAGAAGAAGAAGUCGAUGAAGCUGGAGAUCUCGGGGUGGAAUGUGAUUUUAUCAAGGAAAUGUUCCUUGAAAUUCUCGAUGGCGAUAAGGAUGACGUCAUGGAGAUGGAUGAUGCUGACAGCUUGGAGAAACAAGACCAGAGUAGAUUUAUUGCUCUAUCAGAUGUUUGCUUCAAGUCAGAUCUACAGACCACUACUGAACUUGUGCCUACGGGCUACACAAACGGGAAUUUACCCAUCAACACGUCACAAGAAUAUAUUUAUUCCCCAGCAGUAUACACGGACUAUACACCCAGCCCCAGCUGUAGCAUUGACACCUACAUGGAGUAUAACGGAAUAUAACAGGAAUCUAGAGAGUCUGAUGAACCAAUGUCUACAAACCAUAAGCAGUAAGAAUGGUAUCUUUCAAUAGAAAAGACGCACACUUCUAACUAGAGAUGAGCGAACU